AAAAAAUUAAUGCCUACAAAAUUAUUACAUAUUAAAGUACACAAUAAAAUGCAAAGAAAAACAAAAAGCACUUCAGUCCACUGUACUCUUUCCUCUGUUUCUCUCUCCAGCUUCGCUUUCUCCGAUUGAAAAGGAGAAAACUUUCUGUUAAGUCUCUCUCUCUCUCUAUAAAUAACAACCCUUUCUUUCUCCAUCAAAGUUCCCUUCUUUUCCUCUCUAUUCAAAUCUUUUCUUAGGGUUCUUCCAGAUCCCUCAUUUCCAAUAUCUCCCUGAGCUUGUCUUCGGAGUUUUCGAGAUGUCGAAAACUGGAGCGAUGGAUCUCGCAUCGGGUCUUGGAGGAAAGAUUGAGAAAAGCGAUGUUCUUUCGGCUGUUGACAAGUAUGAAAAGUAUCAUGUCUGUCAUGGAGGUGAAGAGGAAGACAGAAAAUCUAACUAUAGUGACAUGGUCAAUAAAUACUAUGAUCUAGUUACCAGCUUUUAUGAAUUUGGCUGGGGAGAAUCCUUCCAUUUUGCACACAGAUGGAAAGGUGAGUCCCUUAAAGAGAGCAUCAAGAGGCAUGAACACUUUCUCGCUUUGCAACUAGGAGUGAAACCAGGACAGAAGGUGCUUGAUGUGGGUUGCGGAAUUGGAGGCCCGCUAAGAGAGUUUGCUCGAUUCAGCUCUACAUCAGUUACAGGGUUGAACAACAAUGAAUAUCAGAUAUCAAGAGGAAAGGAAUUGAACCGGAUUGCUGGAGUGGACAAGACCUGCGACUUUGUCAAGGCUGAUUUUAUGAAAAUGCCAUUUCCUGAUAAUUCAUAUGAUGCUGUUUAUGCAAUUGAAGCUACCUGUCAUGCCCCAGAUGCUUACGGAUGCUACAAAGAGAUUUACAGGGUGUUGAAGCCAGGCCAGUAUUUUGCUGCAUAUGAAUGGUGCAUGACUGAUGCAUUUGAUCCCAAUAACCAAAAUCAUCAAAAGAUCAAGGCCGAAAUUGAGAUCGGUGAUGGCCUCCCAGAUAUCAGAUUGACAACUAAAUGCCUUGAAGCUCUAAAGCAAGCCGGGUUUGAGGUUGUGUGGGAGAAAGAUCUUGCGGUAGACUCACCAGUCCCCUGGUACUUGCCUUUGGACAAAAGCCAUUUCUCUCUCAGUAGUUUCCGUCUAACAGCUGUUGGCCGUUUUAUGACCAAGAACAUGGUAAAGGCACUAGAAUUUGUUGGCUUGGCUCCAAAGGGAAGUCAAAGAGUUCAAGAUUUUCUAGAGAAAGCUGCAGAAGGGCUUGUUGAAGGUGGAAAGAAGGAGAUCUUCACACCAAUGUAUUUCUUCUUGGCUCGUAAGCCAGAGUAAGAUUAAGUCAGUGAACUUUCCUUGUGGGACUCAAGUGUGUUAGAAUUCGGUUUCGAAAACUAGUAGAUGACUCAGUGAUUGUGUGUAUUAUUUCUAAUUUUAUCUUCAUUUUGGUAGUCUCUAUGGAGUUCAUUUGCAAGUGUAGUUAAUUUAUUUGACCAACAAUAUUAGCUUUCUUUACUUUUGUUGGAAAAAAAAAUGAAAAACUGUUGUGAAAUAAUGAAUAAUAAUUUAUGACCAAUAUGUUCCUCUAAAUCAAUUAAUGCAAAUUUUGCUUUGUUCAAAGAACUUGGUACUUUUGCUGACUCUGUCAAUGUAACAAGUCUCCAACAAAUCCCACUUUAAGACAUUUGGCACCUGCAAGACACUUUUGUUGAAAUCUUCUCACAGCUCAAGUUAUUUUGCCAAUUGGCAAAGUGAUUCUUAUAAUAAAUUAAUUUCAGUAGGUGGUGCUUGAAUUUAAUUUAUUAGUAAUUAUUUUCCAUCACAAAUUUUGAUGAUUACAACAUUCAUAAAUGGAUCUAUUAGUAAAAAAAGUUAAAAGAGAAAUUUUAUGUUCACUCCUUGAGUUUUCGAUAUUCAGCUAUUUAGACACACUAUAAAUGAUGCUAAGCAUGAUCUAAGAAUUCAUAUACUAUUUUAUUAACUAUGAGUAAAUAUUAAUUGGGUUUACAUGAAAUUUAUAUCCCCAACCCUAACUAAUUGGUUUUGAGUUGGAAAGCCUAAAAAAGUACCAUAAUCCUCUUGCUAAUUUAAGAUUAACCCUAAUAUUUUAGGGUCAAGUAUAAACCUAAUCCUCUUUUGCUCAAAAGCAUGAACUUAGAUCCAAACAAAGAAUAAAUAUGUAUAAACAAAGACUUCGAAUUAAGAAAUAACAGUUCUUUAUUAUCAAAUGAAUGGUCUGAGAGCACAAUUAGAUUGCAAAAGGGGAUUAUAAAAUAAAUAAAAAAUCAAUCUUUAUCAUAAUCUUCAAUCUUCAUCAUCAUGAUAAUAAACUCAUUACUCAAAAAUGUUUCCAAUAGAACAAUUAGAAAUAAGUCACAUAAAAAUAAACUCUAAACCAAAAAAGAAUAAUUUUCUUUUUAUAUAUAUUUUUUUUAAUUUUUAAUUUUCUUCGAGAAAAAUAGAUCAAACAGAGAAAAGAAUAAACUCCGUAGGCGAAACUCCCCCAACAGUCUUAGGUCCACAAUGGCGAACCUGCACAGAAGAAGAAGAAGCACCACCGUCGCCGCUCACUUCGCCGCCGAAUCCAGUCAAACCGGCGCCGGAGAAGAAAAGAUGACCAUUGUUAUUGUUGUGCUGGUCUUCGACGUUAAUCGGUGGAUGAUAAUACAUACGACUUGUCUGAGGACAAUGAGAAUAAGAUCUCGCCACGAUUCUAACUCCCUGAUCCAAAAUCUCGACGAAUUUCCCCAUUUUUCUUUCUCUUUCGAUUACUUUACCUCUCUCUCUGUAAAAAAGAAAAUGGAAUUUUCUCGGAUGAGAGAGAGAGAGAUUGAAGAGGAGAAAGAGAAAGAAAAUGUUUGGGAAAAUAAUUUUCAAAGAAUGAAAGAAUUUUUGGAGAAAAGAAAAUGAAUUGAAUUUAGGUUUUCCCAAACGUCGGCGCCCAUGAAAAAGGGAAUGAGAUUUUUGUGUGGUGAU